UGUUUUAGGAAAUUAACUGGCAUACAUGCAAAUAUUUUUUGACUUACUUUUUCACUUCUUAUUUUAAUUUUGGAUAGAUGCAGGCAUAUUUGUAAGACCAUUGGAGGGAUGGAGAGCUCAUGAAAGCAUCCAGGGAGCAUUGUUCCUCUUUUACAUGAAACUGAGACGGAAUGAUCUGAUCAAACUGGAGCUUUGCUUCUUUUAUUUUAUGGGGCAACAGCAUCUGCCCCCUCCUGGUUUAGGGAGUCCCUUGGAGUCAGCAGAGUGUGUUGUGGAGCUGUGAACGCGUGGGUUGUCCUUAAAAAAACAUGUAUCCUGCAGGGGGAUGGGGGGGUGGCAGCAUUGAGAUGCAUGAGGGGUUAUCUGUUUCCAGACCAGUAGGAGGACGGACAAGUCUUGAGAAGCAUCUCCAGCACACUGCAUGGUGUCCUCAUAACCAAAACUGACCAGCAGACUGAAGAAGCCGCUCCUGCAUGGAGAUACAUUUGGAUGAAAUCUUUUCUCAUGAGGAUAUGAAAGAAAAUACAACUUCAGUUUAAAAUCUGAGGCUUUAAAAGUGAAGGAUCCAUCAUCCCCAUUUGAACCCCUGCGUCCAUCCAUGCCGUCAUGUCGGUGUCCCUCUCCUGCUUCCCUGUAGUGCUGAACGAGAAAAGCUACCAAGAAAACAUGCUCAAGAGCAGUCCCGUUCGGGGUUUCUACCCUGCUCCUCAUCACUACAUGGACUUCCUCCCGCGCACGCACAACCUCCUGGACCCGCUCAAAUCUCUCGGCCGGCUGGUGUCGGACACCCGCGCAUCCCUGCCUCUCAACAUGAAUAACCCGUUCGUACUGCAGAGCAGCCACACCGCCUCGGUCCUGCACGAGCUGUGCGUCCCCGGCGCGCCGUACCUGAGCCACAUGAUGCCCAUGUGGUCAAAAGCGGAGGAGCUGGCCGCUGUGGUGACGGAGCACGCGGCCGACCCGCUGUCCACAGACUUCAGCAGCAAGUCCGGUGAGAGGUCCACCACCUCCUCAGCCUCUACUCCGCCCAAGGAGGCGCUGCUCCGCGCCCUUUGCGCAGAUCAGUCACCUCAAAAGAAGACAGCCACUUAUGAUUUCAGCGAGGAGGACUUGUUCAUGGUGCUUUAUGGGUACUCCAGCAGCCAGGAGCGCAGCGGGGGUCACGCCAUCUCAGGGGUGGUCCUGCCGGAAAAUUCAGAGUCCCACACACCUUCACUACACAAAGAAACUCUUGAACUUCCAGAAGGUUUGGUCAUCCUCCACGCAGUGUGGGGAAACGUGUCCCAUUGUGGGGUUUUUGCGGAAAAGAGCUGCGUGCCGAAAGGCGCGCGCUUCGGGCCUUUCCAAGGAAAACUGGUGAACACCAGCGAGAUCAAAACAUACGACGACAACACUCUAAUGUGGGAGGUGUUUGAGAACGGCCGCCUGAGUCACUUCGUGGACGGCAGAGGCGCGUCGGGAAACUGGAUGUCUCUUGUGAAGUGCGCUCGUUUCCCAGAGGAGCAGAACCUGGUGGCGGUUCAGGUCCAGGGUCAGAUCUUCUACGAGGUCUGCAAGGAGAUCGGUCCAGGCCAAGAGCUCCUGGUGUGGUACGGGGACUGCUACACGCAGUUCCUCGGGAUCCCACUCACGCUGAAAAACCCGAGAGAGGACACAACAAGCGAGCUUCCCUUCACAGAAGAUGCAGGCGAAGGCUACAAGUGUGACAGGUGCGGGAAGGUGUUUGCCUACAGAUACUACAGAGACAAACACCUGAAGUACACGCGCUGCGUGGACCAGGGAGACCGGAAGUUCCCCUGUCACCUGUGCAACAGAUCCUUUGAGAAGAGGGACAGGUUACGGAUCCACGUCCUCCACGUGCACGAGAAGCACAGACCUCACAAGUGCUCCGUGUGCGGGAAGAGCUUCUCUCAGUCCUCCAGCCUGAACAAGCACAUGCGCGUGCACUCCGGGGAGCGGCCUUACAAGUGCGUGUACUGCAACAAGGCCUUCACCGCCUCCAGUAUCCUGAGAACCCACAUCCGCCAGCACUCCGGAGAGAGGCCCUUCAAGUGCAAGCACUGCGGGAAGGCCUUCGCCUCCCACGCGGCCCACGACAGCCACGUCCGACGGACCCACGCCAGAGAGCAGCCGCACCUGUGUGAGCUGUGCGGAGCCUCCUUUCAAAAGGAGCAGGAGCUCAGGCUCCACACGAAGAGCCACAAGAAGAGGCAAAUCCCAGACAGCAUCUCUGUCUCAUCUUCCUCAGUGGCCGGGCUGCCGGAGGACUCUUUACAGGAGGAUCACUCAGAAAUUCUGAAGAACAAGGACCUGAGCAUCUUUCCUUACACAGCAUUAAAUUCUGAAUAUCGACCCUGGAAUUAAACCUUUACAUUUCUGUGACGUAUCAUAAAAAAAGGCAAAAACAGAAAUGGCUUCUUUUAAUCUGAGGUUUUCUUUCUUUCGCUGCUGCUUGGUGAUGUGGCCGUUUCCUGCUUCAUUUGAAAAGACAAUUAAUGAUCUAAAUUAUAUGGAAUUUUAUUUAUGUGUCAAUGUUCAAUUUUGUUCUGUGGCUAAAAGCUGACGACCUUCAAGUUAUUUUUAUUGUUAGCUUCAAAAAGCAAAAUAUUCCGUUUCAGAUGUGAAUCUUAUUGUGUUUCUUUUGUGUUUCUUUUUACAUUGAUCCCUUCCUCCAUCACUGCAAAUAAAGACUAAGUGCAUGGUGAGACAGUGUUUUAGAUUUGAUUUGAAGGGAAACUCGUCUUGUCCUCUAUUAAAAUGAUUGGUGUGGGUGAGAAGCAGCAAAUAGAGCUUUUAAAACAGGAACAUGUAUGUUGCACUGCAGUUAAAACAGCUAAAUAAUUCAGAGAAGGCCCCAAGUCCUGUUCCCUGUGUGCUGUUCCUUUUUCAGCAUCCACCUCUCCUCUCUGCCCUGUGAUGAUGGAGGUUAAUGAAAAUGAGGGAACCCUCCUAGUGGAUGAAUGACAAUAAAGUGAAGCUGUAAAGUGGCCUAUUGGCUCCAAAACAAAGGAGCUCUGUGUGACUGACAUCUGCCCUCACACUGUCACCAUGUGUCUUCCUGGAGAUGGAUAGAUGGAUAAGGAAAACAGCCCUAUCUGAUGGUAGUCUCCAGGGUCAGAGGUCACCUCCGCCCUGAAUGUUUAACAGUCCUCCUCCCCCGUCAAAUAGGCAAAAUAUGGAUGCUUGAACAAGUGUAGAUCAACCUCCAAUGGACCUGUUCUUUUCAACAACCUCAGAGGCACCAUUGCUCAUGGCGACACUCCCCUUGGUGGGUUUGCAGGAGCAAAAGAGGCGGAGGAGAAGGCUGAGGAAACAAAAGGAGAAGGGAGAGAAUGAGCUGCCAGAGCUGAAAUACUGAGAUUGUUAGCGUGCCGUGCCAAAAGAACGGUUUUACUAGCGCCUCCUCUGAUUGGCUGAUUUAGGGUGGAUGCUCCUGGAUGAAAGAAUUUUUAUCUGGGUCG